GCCAAAAUGGCCGCGCUGGUGUUUUGACGAAUAAUACUUUUGUGUUUGUUUCAUUCUUUAAAGAAAUCGAAUAGAAAACAUAUCAACUGCUGGAAAACACCCAUAUACUCAAUGUUUUAAUUUAAAAGCGUCACAUAGACAAUCACGGCUUAUUGUUACUUGUUGUACUGUUUAGACUAUGCACUUUUGGUUUUUAUAAGAUAGCUAUAGCUAGCUGACUGGCUAGCAAGAUUAUUUAGCUUAAAAAUAAAAAGAAAAGCGAUGGAAGAGCUCAGCGCCGACGAGAUCCGGAGAAGGCGACUGGCCCGGUUAGGCGGAGGCCAGACAUCCCAGCCCACCACCCCUCUGAGCACCCCCCUGACGUCACCACAGAGAGAGACCCCCCCAGGUCCACUGCCAGGGCCCUCGGGGGCCUCGCCGCAACCUCUGCCACCAGCACCAUCCCACACUCUGGGCCUCAAUGCCCAAAAUGUCACCCCUGCCACUUCUCCGAUGGGGGCUUCAGGGGUGGCUUACCGUAGCCAGAGCAGCGAGGGGGUCAGCUCCCUCUCCAGCUCCCCGUCCAACAGCCUGGAGACCCAGUCUCAAUCCCUGUCCCGCUCUCAAAGCAUGGACAUCGACACAGCGUCCUGUGAAAAGAGCAUGUCCCAGGUGGAUGUGGACUCAGGAAUAGAGAACAUGGAAGUUGAAGACAGCGACCGCAGGGAGAAGCGGAACCUGGCUGAGAAGGACUCUUCAUCUAACCCUGAUGUGUCUGAGGAGCAGGCCUUGCAGCUCGUCUGCAAGAUCCUUCGUGUCUCGUGGAAGGAGCAGGACCGCGAUGUCAUCUUUCUGCGCUCGCUUGCUGCUGAGUUCCAGCAGAACCCAAAAGAUGUCUAUUCUGACUUCAAAGACCUGAUUGGGCAGAUCCUGAUGGAAGUUCUUAUGAUGUCUACUCAGUCACGUGACUGCAACCCUUUUGCCAGCCUGACCGCCACAUCACAGCCAAUUGCUGCUGCCAAAUCCCCAGACCACCACCUGACGCUUGUCCCGCCUUCUAGCCAGGGGAGCAGUCCCAUGAUGCCCUGUGGAGGCUCAUUUGGUGCCAGCUCUCUGUCCAGUCUGUAUGGAUGUAGUCCACACCCUCUUGCUCAAAGCUCUGCCAGGAUGCGCGCUCCGCCUACACCCACACCCUCAGCCCCAGUUGUAGAGCCUCCGCCUGCAGCAGCCCUGCCCGCAGUUGGCUCGCAAGCGUUGCCUCGUGUUUCUCCCGGUCCACCAGCUCCACGCCUUCCCCCGAGCGCGCCCUCUGCUCCCUUGCCCAUCUCUCAGAGAUACAGACCCUACUCACUCAGCCCCUCCCAGGGCUUCUCCAUACCCACGAGCUCCAGCCCCAGGUCUGGCCAUGCAGGGCCCUCAUCCGGGCUGCUCACUCCUACCCAACCCCCGGCUGUGCCCCCAAGCCCACAGCCUGCUCCGCUGACGUCCCCCCGACCCCGUACUCGCCAGCCAGCUGUCCCCUUCCCCAUGUUGCCUGCCUCUCCCACCACUAUGGCCAGACGGACUGCCGUGGCCGCCCGGAUGCCCACUAGCCCGUUUUCUCUCCUCUUCUUUGCCCUGUCUGACGUGUCUCAGGACAGCAGUGAUGAAGAGCUGGAGGAAGAGGAGGAGGAGGAGGAGGAGGAUUUUUCUGGGGUUCAGUUUGGGUCAAGCCUGGGUGCUUCCACUGGGGCGAUGACCUGUGACUCUGGCGGAGACCGUUUCACCAUCGAAGCGUGCAAAGAGACGGAGAUGCUGAACUACCUCAUCGAGCGCUUCGACAGUGUGGGCAUGGAGGAGAGGAAGGCUCCCAAGAUGUGCAGUCAGCCAGUGGCGAGUCAGCUGCUCAGCAACAUACGUUCCCAGUGUAUUUCCCAUGCUGCUCUUGUGCUCCAGGGUGCCCUCACCCAGCCCAGGGCCCCUCUGCAGCCUUCCCUGCUGGUACCGUACAUGCUGUGCCGGAACCUUCCGUACGGCUUCAUCCAGGAGCUGGUGCGCAUGACUCACCAGGAGGACGAGAUGUUUAAACAGAUCUUCGUCCCCAUUCUCCAAGGGCUUGGAUUAGCUGUGAAAGAGUGCUCCUUUGACAGCGACAACUUUAAGUACCCUCUGAUGGCUUUAGCUGAGCUUUGUGAAAUCAAGUUUGGAAAGACUCACCCUAUGUGCAAUUUGAUCACAUCUCUGCCACUGUGGUGCCCUGAUUCUUUGAGUCCUGGUGCAGGCAGAGAGAUACAGAGGCUCUCUUUUCUAGGAGCCUUCUUUAGUCUUUCUGUCUUCGCAGAGGACGAUACCAAGGUUGGAGACAAGUACUUCUCAGGCCCUGCUAUCACCAUGGAGAACACACGCGUGGUCAGUCAGUCUCUGCAGCAUUAUCUGGAGUCAGCCAGGGGCGACUUGUUUAAAGUCCUCCACAACCUCCUGCUGAAUGGAGAGACGAGGGAGGCGGCUCUGAGCUACAUGGCAGCUGUGGUGAAUCGUAAUGUGAAGAAGGCUCAGAUGCAGACGGAUGACAAGCUGGUGUCCACGGACGGCUUCAUGAUGAACUUCCUGUGGGUGCUGCAGCAGCUGAGUAUGAAGAUUAAGCUGGAGACGGUGGACCCCCUCUACAUCUUCCACCCCAAGUGUCGACUGAAUGUGAGCCUCGAAGAGACACGUGUCAAAGCCACCAUAGAGGAGCUGAAGAGCUGGCUCACAGAUAUGCAUGAAGACCCUUCCAAGUUUUGUGAGCCCAAAUUCCCUACAGAGUGUUUUUUCCUGACACUCCAUGCACACCACCUGUCCAUCUUACCUGGGUGCCGCCGCUAUAUACGCAGACUAAGGGCCAUCAGAGACCUAAACAGGACUGUAGAAGAACUGAAGAACAGUGAGAGCCAGUGGAAGGACUCCCCGCUGGCCAGUCGGCACAGAGAGAUGCUGAAGAGAUGCAAAACCCAGCUCAAGAAACUUGUGCGCUCGAAAGCCUGUUCUGAUGCCGGCCUGCUGGACGAGAGCCUGCUGCGUAGAUGCCUCCAGUUCUAUGGCAUGCUCAUUCAGCUCCUCCUACGCAUGGCAGACCCCGCCUACCCAAACGUCGCCCUGCCCCUCAGUCCUGACAUCCCCAAGAGCUUUGCCGCCCUGCCUGAGUUUUACAUUGAAGACGUUGCCGAGUUCCUGCUUUUCAUUGUGCAGUAUUCUCCUCAGGUUCUGUAUGAGCCCUGCACUCAGGACAUCGGAACCUUCCUGGUGGUGUUCAUCUGCAGUCAGAACUACAUCAGGAACCCCUACCUGAUCGCUAAGCUGGUGGAAGUAUUGUUUGUUACUAACCCGGCAGUGCAGCCCCGCACCCAGCGCUUCUCUGAGAUGAUCGAGAACCACCCCCUGUCUGUCAAUCAGCUUGUCCCCGCCCUCAUGAAGUUCUACACGGAUGUGGAACACACCGGAGCUACAAGUGAAUUCUAUGACAAGUUCACCAUCCGUUACCACAUAAGCACCAUCUUUAAGAGCCUUUGGCAAAACAUUGGCCAUCAUGGCACCUUCCUUGAGGAGUUCAAUUCGGGGAAGCAGUUUGUGCGCUACAUCAACAUGCUGAUAAAUGACACCACUUUCCUGCUGGACGAGAGCCUGGAGUCGCUCAAACGCAUUCAUGAGAUCCAGGAGGAGAUGAAGAACAAAGAACAAUGGGACCAGCUGCCUAGGGAGCAGCAGCACAGCCGCCAGUCCCAACUGACUCAGGAUGAGAGGGUGUCUCGCUCCUACCUGGCCUUAGCCACAGAGACCGUGGACAUGUUUCACAUUCUCACCAAGCAGGUCCAGAAGCCCUUCCUGCGCCCUGAGCUGGGCCCACGGCUGGCUGCAAUGCUGAACUAUAACCUUCAGCAGCUGUGUGGGCCCAAGUGCCGUGACCUGAAGGUGGAGAACCCAGAAAAAUACGGUUUCGAACCCAAGAAGCUGUUGGACCAGCUCACUGAUAUCUACCUGCAGCUGGACUGUGCUCGCUUUGCUAAAGCCAUUGCUGAUGAUCAGAGAUCAUACAGCAGGGAACUCUUUGAGGAAGUGAUUUCCAAAAUGAGGAAGGCGGGCAUUAAGUCCAGCAUUGCAAUCGAGAAGUUUAAGCUGCUCUCGGAGAAGGUAGAGGAGAUAGUGGCUCGCAACUCCCAGUCCGAGAUGGACUACAGCGACGCUCCUGAUGAGUUUAAAGACCCUCUGAUGGACACCUUGAUGACUGACCCUGUGCAGCUCCCUUCUGGGAACAUUAUGGACCGAGCCAUCAUCCUGCGUCACCUCCUCAACUCGCCCACUGACCCCUUUAACAGGCAGCCUCUCACAGAAAGCAUGCUGGAGUCAGUUCCAGAGCUGAAGGAACGCAUCCAGGCCUGGAUGAGGGAGAAGCAGGGUGGACGCUUUUCCCAGUGAGCCACUCUGCCUGCUGUUUAGGGACAUUUGCACCACACCACAAUUUGACAGUGAGCAGAUUGAGGGGGAGGGGGGGAUGCAAAGAAGAAAAAGAAGAAGAAGAAGAGGAGAGAAACUGUCAUGAAAACUAAAUAGAUUUUUCUCCCCUGGUCCUUUUUUUGUUUUCUUGGGCCGUUAUCUUAAAGUCUCUAGGCUCUAAAUUGAAGCAGCAUAAUAAAGUUUAGACUUUUAAAAGG